AUGGGGAACGAUGGCUCGCCCAGCACCCUUUCUGCUCUUUACGAGUCCAUCUCCUCCCAUUCGGCCACCACAUCGGGUAUCGCGGCACUUGUGCAGCUCUGCAAUUCCGCGCGAGUGACGGCCCAACAGGCAUCUCUCGCCUCUAUCGCAAACAUCUUUCGCAUUCCCACAAAGAAUGACUCAGUGAAUUGGAGUCAAGUAGCUGUCAUUACUUGUAUCCUUACGAUGGCCGGGUGUGGAAUUUUGUCUUCUUUCAGGGGGCGGCGACGCUCGUCAAGCAAAGACAAUCAUUCGCAGAGGUCCAUCCGCAAGACCUCGACCAAGUCGUCCUCAAAGACUCUCACUUCCUCUGACGAUGACUACGAAGACGAUGAAUAUGAAAGUAACGGAUCCUUACGACAUGGGACAGAGCCUUUUCGGGCAGCUGAGGAGCGCUCAUCUCCGCCUGAGCAGCAAAGCUCGGAUGCAUUCAAAACAGACCCGGGUAUCCUGAAAAAAUUCACGUCCUACAAAUCCUACACCACAUCCGUUACUACCUACCCCGAAGUCCGAACAUUUUAUUGCCGACACCCGCACUUAGAUCGCCUUCCCACUAAACCCUCCCCCGUUCCUUUGCUCGUCUUUGUUCAUGGACUCGGUGGAUCGCUCGCGCAGUUUCAUCACCUUCUUACAAGUUUGUCGAACGUUGGGUCAUGUUUUGGUAUCGAUCUGCCUGGAUGCGGCCUCUCCAAAUUUGCACCAACCAAUUGGAGUGCAUACACGAUAGAGGCCCUGGCGGAGCUAUUGGCAGUGGCAAUUGAGCAACAGCGAGACCCAGAUCAAGGCGUGAUUCUGAUCGGCCACAGUAUGGGUUGCUCUCAGGCUGCUCUGCUUGCGUCUUCGGCCUCACCCAUUGGUGCAUCUCUCAAAGAGCAUAUCCUUGGUUUGAUUGCGGUGUGCCCGAAAGGAUCACCACCCUCCCAACAGGAAACAAAGACCCUGUCUCGUCUUCUCCACAUCCCUGGGCCCAUAAUUGAUUUGUGGCGAGCCUGGGAUCGACGUGGUGGUAUGGAAAGCAAUAGUGUGAUGAGAUUGGUAGGCAGUGAUGCAGAUGCAGAGACACGAGAUCUUCAGGUCCGUUUCAAUAAACAAAGCAAGACCCCUGUAUGGCGCCGUAUGCUUUGGGGCUGCCUUCCCACUUACAAGGAAACAGAACCUUUUGGAGGUAUGCCAGGAGAGAAAAUGUGGUCUGGCAUUAACAUACCAAUCCUCUUGGUUGGCGGAGAAUCAGAUGCGGUAACCAAGCCAGAGGAGAUCCAAAAGCUUCUCAAUUAUUUUGGCAACGCAUCUGCCCAUACCAAGAUUGAUACCACUGGAAGCAGUGCUGUUCCAGAUGCUGCACGAGUCCAUGACCAUUUGUCUACACCAGCCAAUGGUUCCCCCACUCAGGACAUAUCAUUCAGCCAGGGUUAUAAUAGCGAAAAACCUGCCCUUGUCCACACAUCCUACGAACGCAAGAGACUAGUGAAGUCAGCCAUCUUCCCGGCUCCUGCAUCUCAUGCUCUUCUCUACGACCGUGCAACAUACCGAACUUUAGCAGGUCUCAUCCAGGACUUCCUCUCCUCGAACAUCGACAAGCGUUUAGGACUGGGCUGGCAAUUACAACACCUGAACACAUCAGGAAAAUGGGACGUGAAGAACCUUGCCAAAUGGCAAAAGGUCGCUCCAGUUUCUCACCCAAUUGCCAAUACCUUCCGCGCCAUGAAAAUGCUCCGCGAGGUAGACGAUGAGCACAAUCCAGUCAAGUUCUCUGCAGAAUACCGCGAUCGCAUCUAUGCCGUAAUCGACAUCAGCCAUGAGAGCCCAGUCUACAGCCCCGCACAAAUGGAGAAAGGUGGCGUCCGCUACUGCAAGCAUCCUACCGUUUCAAAGCUUCCACCGACACCCGACGAAGCCCGUGACUUCAUCGCACUAGUUGAUCGCCUGCAGAAAGAUAUCGAUGACAAAAUGGAAAAACGAGACGACCCGUCUCUGCCACGUCCAUUAAUUGGCGUUCACUGCCACUAUGGCUAUAACCGGACAGGAUUUCUUAUUGUCUGCUAUUUGAUUGAGAAACUUGGAUAUAGUGUUGAAGAUGCGGUCAAUGAGUUCAAUCAGUGUCGACCUCCCGGUAUUCGACAUGGGCAUUUCAUUGACGAGCUUCAUGCUCGCUAUCACUUGGGUAUACAGAGAGCCCCCACUUUGUAG